GCAGCGCGCGCCCGGACUCCUUCAGGUACCUCAGGUGGACUCCUGCUUCGCUGCUCAGGACUUAAAGCUCCUUUAAGCUCAAUCCAGCAGGCAAUGGCUCCACGGCCAGAAAUUGGAAGUGAAACUUCAGUCUCUCCACCUGAUCUUGACACAUCCAAAGAUGGGGUGGUGCUUCCAGCAUACUCCACCGUGGCUCUCGUGGAUUUGGAUCCUGAAUCGAGCAACCCAUGGGACCUUCCCGAGCUGAAGAGUGUGGGGCCGAAAUGGUCAGAAUUGGACACGAAGGGAAAAGUUCUCCAAGUCAUUAUGUCGAUCGGAAGGUUCGUUCUUCUGUUUGGAUUCCUUUACAUGUUUGUCUGCUCACUGGAUGUUCUGAGUUCGGCAUUUCAGCUUGUUGGUGGAAAAGCAGCUGGAGAUAUCUUUCAGGACAAUGUGGUGUUGUCCAACCCUGUGGCUGGGCUCGUGAUUGGUGUCCUGGUUACAGUGCUGGUUCAGAGCUCCAGCACUUCUUCAUCCAUUGUGGUCAGCAUGGUGUCAUCUGGAUUAUUGGAGGUGCAGUCAGCGGUGCCUAUCAUUAUGGGUGCUAACAUCGGUACUUCCAUCACCAACACCAUCGUGGCUGUGAUGCAGGCUGGAGAUCGUAACGAGUUUCGCAGGGCAUUUGCUGGUGCCACAGUACAUGACUUUUUUAACUGGUUGUCUGUUUUGGUGUUGCUGCCUCUGGAAGUGGCUACUGGUGUCCUGUACAAGCUCACCAAACUUCUCAUCGACUCAUUUAACAUCCAGACAGGCCAGGAUGCCCCAGAUUUGCUUAAAGUCAUCACUGAACCACUCACCAAGAACAUCAUCGAGCUGGACAGUUCUGUCAUCAGUGACAUAGCCAUCGGUGAUCCCAGUGCAAGAAACAAGAGUCUGAUCAAGAAGUGGUGCAAAAAGCAGUCUUUUGUGAAUCUUGUGAAUGUCACCGUUCCCGGAGAAGCAAACUGCACUGUCGGGGUCCCAUGCUGGACGGAGGGCAACCAGACGUGGACACAGAAGAACAUAACAGAGACCAUCAACUUAGAGAAAUGUGGUCAUCUUUUUGCUUCGACAACUCUGCCAGACCUGGCUGUGGGACUGAUCCUGCUCGCGCUGUCCCUGCUGGUACUCUGUACAUGCCUCAUUCUCAUCGUCAAGCUGCUCAACUCCAUGCUCAGGGGUCAGGUGGCGGUCGCCAUUAAGAAAGUGCUCAACACAGAUUUCCCAUUUCCGUUUGCAUGGGUCACUGGUUACCUCGCUAUCUUGGUGGGAGCAGGAAUGACCUUCAUCGUGCAAAGCAGUUCCGUCUUCACCUCUGCCAUUACGCCUCUUGUUGGUAUUGGCGUUAUUAGCAUUGAGCGAGCAUAUCCCCUCACGCUUGGCUCUAAUAUUGGGACAACAACUACUGCUAUUCUUGCUGCCAUGGCAAGUCCUGGAGACAAACUAGCCAACUCGUUACAGAUUUCUCUGUGCCACUUCUUCUUCAACAUCUUUGGCAUAAUGCUGUGGUACCCAAUACCUUUAACACGCAUACCCAUCCGUCUGGCUAAAGCGCUGGGUGACCGCACGGCAGAAUACCGCUGGUUUGCCAUCGUCUACUUGGUCGCUUGCUUCUUUGUUAUGCCUCUGAGCGUGUUGGGACUCUCCAUCGCCGGCUGGCAGGUCCUCGUGGGGGUCGGCGUGCCCGUGGUGGUGCUGGUGGUCUUCGUGCUGGUUGUAAACUUUAUGCAGUCACGCUACCCGCGCUUCCUGAUUCCUGUGCUACGUAACUGGGACUUCCUUCCCCUGCCAAUGCACUCGCUCAAACCAUGGGAUCGCAUUGUCACCAAGGUGAUGGGCUUCUGCGGGACACGCUGCUGCUGCUGCUGCAAGUGCUGCAAGAAUGGAGAAGCAGACAAGAAAGAGAGCAAUAAGAAGGGCUUAGAGAUGUACGACAACCCCACACUUUCUGUGGACGAUGAAAAAAGCCAGAUUCAAACAGUGUCUGGAACAAGUCUGUAGCAUUGUAACAAAAUGUAUAGUUAUUAUAAGACUCUAUUACAUAGAAUAAUGUAACAUAUGCUCUGCUUAAAGGGGCUUGAUGUAGGCUGUGUAGAAGUUCCUGUGUGGCCUGAGGUGAAUUGUAAUCAAGGCUGCUAGAUGAUUCAUUUAAUGUUUCCCAGAAAGAACUUGUAGAACUAUUCCAACAGCAGGAGAUCCCAGUAAGCUAGGCCUGGAGACCUAGGUCCUGGUCCUGAAGAAGUUCUGCUGCAAAUAGACUAUGCUUGCUAUAUGUUUAUUUUAGUGUCCUUUUGAAGCUGCUCUCAUUCUUUGGAUGUCUGUGAUGUGCAAUGCAAAAUUAAAGUGCAGAUGGCCUCUUAUUAAUUCGUACACAAGGAUUUUGUUAAAAAACUAUUUAAAGAGUUGUAUUUUUACAAUUUUAAACAAUUCUAUUUGUAAAUAAUUAUUUUUGCUGCCUUUUGAAGCUUAUGGCUUUUUAGGCAAUGUUAAAUAUGUACCUUUAUUAUAUAUAUAUAUAAUGUGUGUGUGUGUGGGUGUUGUUUUUAUGGAUACAAAAUAUAUAGAAAAAGGAUCACUCCAAAUGGUUUAUAUUGUAUAUAUGGAUUUUACACCAGUCGGAACUGUAAAAUAUGGUUUGUAAAUAAAUAUGUAAAAAAAAUCGA